UCCUCAGUCACUGCCUGCCCAGCCCUGAGCAGAGCCCUGGCCUCUGAGCACAUGGAUCCUGGAAUUACUGCAGAGAAUGAGAGUCUGGAGGACAGGAACCAGGAGGGGCAGCAGCCUGGAGACCCACAGGAGGAGAUGGAGGAACUGCCUGGCUCCAGCAUGGACUUCCCAGCCAGGAUGGUCCUGAGUGAAGAGGAAAAACUGAAGAUUUCCAAGGACCUGGUGGAUCUCCAGAUUGAGACAAACAGGAUGAAGGAGCGUUACGAGACAGAGAACUUCCAGCUGAAAACCAUGAUGCAGGAGCUGGAGAGGCAGGUGCAGGAGCUGGAGCAGGGCCGGGAUUCCCUGCGGGAGGAGCGGGAUUCCCUUCGGGAGGAGCGAGAUUCCCUCCGGGAGCGCCUGCAGAGCCUGGAGAGCAGCCGGCAGGAGCUGGGGCAGGAGUUCAUCAUCCUCAAGAGCAACUACCUGGCCCUGGGCAGGGAGCUGGACAAGGAGGUGCUGAGGAAUGAGGAGCUGACCCAGGAGCUGCUCAGCCUGGCCAAGGAGAGCAGCCUCCCCCCUGGCCUGGCCCAUCCCUCCUCCCCGGGGCUGGGAAGAGGGAGAGCAGCAGGACAGCCCCACUCUGCUCACAGGGACAAGCAGCCCGAGGAUGCAGCCGCCCCUGAGCACGAGCAGCAGGAGCUGGAAAGAAACUUGCCUGGAAACCAGGAUCGCAUAAAAGCAGAGCUGGAAAAGCUGAAGAAAAGGCAGGAGGAGCAGCAGCAGAAGCUGGAGGAGCGAGUGCUGGCGCUGGGGCAGGAGCUGCAGGAGGCGAAGGGAGCGGCCGGGGCGGUGCGGGCAGAGCACUCAGCGGCGCUGCUCUCAGCCCAGGCCCGGCUGCACGAGGUGGAGGCGGAGAACGCGCGGCUGCAGCUGCAGCUGAAGGAGCUGAACGAGGAGUAUCGGUGCCGGCUGGCACAGUGCCUGGGGGACCUGGCUAACUACAUGGACAGCAAGCCCAACAGCGUGCCAGGAACCAGCAAAGCCCCAGCUGGCCACGCUGCCAUGCAGAGGUUUGUGGACAGCAUGCUCAGGGACAUCCAGGCCUCCUACAGGCGCCGUGAGGAGCAGCUGGCCCGGGCAGCCCGGGGCUACAGGAAACGCCUGAAGGAGCUGGCCAAGAAACACGAGAACCUGCUCAUUGCCUAUGGGCUGCAGCAGGAGCAGAUCCGCGCCCUGGGCAGCACUGCCAUGGACUGUGGCCCUGCCGAGCUCCACCUGACCAUCACUGACCCUGAGCUGCUGGCAAACAGCUCCCGGGAGCUGAACCGCCUGCGGGAGCGCAAGAAAAGCCUGAAAGGAGCCUCUGCCCUCGCAGCGCCCCCGGAGCAGCAGCUGGAUGAGGAGGGCUGGGCAGAGGUCAGGAGGAAGCUCCGGGAAUUCACACUCAACACCCAGGAGGAGCUGGAGCAGCAGAGGAGCCAGCUGCUGACCCGGGCUGUGGUGGCAGAGGAGCAGGUGCUGGAGCUGCAGGGAUACAUCGACCAGCACCUGGCCAGGUACAAGCAGGAGAUCCUGCGCCUGAGGAAGGCAGAGGGCAGCGAGGUGCCCCCAGUGCCCGGUGCCAGCAGUGCCAGCCAGGAGGCAGAGCAGCCCCAGCCUUGGGAACAGCCCACUGCAGGGAAGGUCUGUGCCCCAUGCAGUGCCAGGCACGGAUCCUGCUCAGGCUGGGAGUGGGAACAGCCAGAGAAACCUUGUGGGUGUUUCUGCUCUGAAUUCACAGGACUGAAACGAGACCAGACAGCGGCGGCUGGGCUGUGCCCUGCAGGAAUUCUGCUCCUCCCUGAGCACCCCUGGGACACAGGCAGGGAUCCCAGGCAGCUCUGCACUGCUGGGCUGCAGGGACAGCUUCCUCCUCCUGCUGGAAUAUUUUCCCUGGAUGAGACCUGGACCUGGAGCAAGGGCUGCUCCUGCCUUGCUCCCCUCACCUGUGAGACAGAGCCAGGCUGGCUCAGACCAGGAUUUGUGCUGGGCCUGGACAAAGGGAUGAGCUGCUCUUUUACUGGGAGGGUGGGGAAAGGCUGCCCAGAGCAGCUGUGGCUGCCCCUGGAUCCCUGGCAGUGCCCAAGGCCAGGCUGGGCAGGGCUGGGAGCAGCCUGGGACAGUGGGAGGUGUCCCUGCCCGUGGCAUGGGGAGGAACAAGAGCAGCUUCAAGAUCCCUUCAAGAUCCCUUCCAACCCAGCCCAUUCCAUGAUUCUGCGCCUCUGUGGUGGGAAAACCCCAUUUUCCUCUGUGCUUGAGUGGAAAAUGGAAUAUUAUACUGAUGAGCAGGGCCAAACUGAUCCUGCAAGGAGGUGGGCUGGAAAGGAUGGCAGAGCAAAGCCAGGAGCAGCAGCUGCUCCAACUCCAGGACCAUCCAGCAGCUCAAAGACAAAGCAAAAACCUCAGAGGAACAAUCAAUCAAAACUUUAUUUUUAA